ACAAAAGCCUCUGGGACAAGAUUUCGAAUUUUUUUGACGCUCAUAUUUUGUGCUAUGGUAAACAAAAAAUCUUAUCAUGGAGUUCGCUUGUAACACUAAAACGAUUGGAAGAGGAAGAGGUCGCGCAAAACUUUUGUUUCUUGUAAGAAAUUCACAAAACCUUGGCAAAAACGUUGGAAGUACAAAGUCACGAGAACAAGACAACAACAACAAAAACAAUGUAAACAUUAAAGAUUUACCAUGCCCUGACCAAUUUCGAGACACAGUGAAUUCGUGGAAGUUAAGAAUUACAACAGAACACAGUCGAGAGUGUAUAUGCAAGCGUGAGAUUGUGGAGCUACGAUGUGAGAACUGCACAAAGAUAUUUAAAGGUAGACCUCAUUUGGCGUGCGAAUUGCACAAAAAUGUGAUCCAUUUAAUGGAUUACAGAAAUUGUCCUCAUUGCCAUGAAGAAAUAUAAGAAGUCUAUGAUAAAGUGCCAUAUAUGCAUUGAGAUAGGUCAAAAAAAAAUUGUUAAAAAAAAUUGAUAUUCCUUUGGACAAAUGUGUUCCCGCCAUUACUAUGACGAUCCCUAUCCUGCCCAGUACCCUUCCCAUUUUCCUGUAUCUAUAUUUCUCUUCACGAAAUGAUGAAAUGUUUUCACGAUGACUUGGUUCUGUUACGUUAGUUGUGUAAUCUUAAAUAUUAGAAUGUAUAUAUUUAUAUUGGUAAACAAAAUAUAUUUUGUUUCAUGAAA